AUGGCCUUCAUCGGAGGAUGGGACCGAUUGGCAGCGCGUUCCGAUUCAGGUGCGAGACGCCUCAAGCUCAUAUGGCGCAGAAAGCCUCAGGACGAGAAAAAGGACAAGCGCCAGGAGCAGCCAAUAUCAACGGAAACUCAACCCUACGAUGGGUCUGAGACCGGAAGUCGCCAGCCCUUCAGCGAGGUCAAGGUUAAAUGGUACCGAUCGACAUUCUUUAAUAUCACCAUCCUAGGUCUUUGCAACUUCGCGGCGCCAGGGAUAUGGACUGCAAUGAACUCUCUCGGCGCCGGUGGUACAGCCAGUCCUGCUCUUUCAAACGCGGCCAAUGCACUGACCUUCUGCUUGAUGGUUGUGUCGUGCUUUUUCUCAAGUGCCAUGGUGCACUACAUCGGAAUUAAGGGAGCCUUAAUAUUUGGAACUAUUGGAUACGCUCCUUACGCUGCUGGCCUGUACACGAAAAGCAGGUACGAUGUAGACUGGCUUCUGCUCCUUGGAGCGGCACUCUGUGGUAUAUCGGCCGGUGUGUUUUGGAUGGCAGAAGCAGCUAUUGCUAUCGCAUAUCCGGAACCAUGGAACAAAGGGAAGGCUUUGGGCUACUGGCUCACGUAUCGACUGUCAGGACAGAUCAUUGGUGGAGCCGUCAACCUCGGCCUUAAUGCAGACCGGAACACCGCAGGACAAGUUUCAUACACGGUUUACAUCCUUUUCAUCGCAAUACAGGCCGCUGGUCCACUUGUCGCUCUUCUACUCAACAAGCCUGAUAAAGUGCAGCGAAGGGAUGGAAAGAAAGUCAGCUUGGAGAUCCUCCAGAACCCCUGGUUCGAAAUGAAGAAGACUGCAAGGCUUUUCUUGACUCGAAAGUUUCUCUUGAUCGUGCCAUUCAUCGGUCAAGCGGUCUUCGCAGAAGCUGUUUUCUUUACGUAUCUGUCCCUUUGGUUCAGUGUUCGUGCCAGAGCGUUGGGCUCAUUUCUGGGCGGUCUCGCUGCCAUCAUCUCAGGGAACCUGCUCGGCUAUUGGAUCGAUCGAACUAAGAUACCUCUAAAACGCCGCACACGAAUUGCUUUUGCGGUCAUUGUCACUUUACAAGGUGCAUGGUGGAUAUGGGCAACGGUUAUGGUGACAAAAUUCAGCCUCACCCAUCCAACGUAUGAUUGGGCAGACCCAGAUUUUGGCCAAGGUUUUGCGGUCUUCAUUUUUUUGACAGUCGGCUUCCAGCUUAAUUACCUUUACUUAUAUUUUGUCGUCCAAAACCUCGCCGGCGGAGAUGAACCUCAGGUAAUCCGAUAUGCUGCACUGCUUCGUGGAACAGAAUCCGCGUGGCAAGCACUCAGCUACGGCCUCGAGUCUCUGACCGUCAUCGCGGAGCAUGGAGGCGUUUAUAUGAACUUUGCUUUAUGGGCUGUAGCUAUUGCUCCUGCCUGGCUAGUCGUGAGGCGAUUUGGGGUGGAAGCCGAAGGCUCGACUGAAGCCGCAGCAUCAGCGAUAGAUACUGAUGCAUCUGACUACAAGGGUAUCGUGACCAAGGAUGGUCUUCCAGGAUUACAGGGCAGUGCGGCAGGAUCGGAGUAG